UCUUUUUGAUCCCUUCCCCCAUUUCUUGCACCUCACUCUUAUUGUCCCUCUCCUCAUCUCUCUCUCUCUCUCCCCAUUUCCGUUUUAAGAUACCAUUUCGCUCUCUCGAUUCUGUUUGUCCUCUCCAAAAUCGCAGGAAAGAUGGGUAAUUGCCUCUCCAGCUCCACUAAAUCCACAUCUGAAAUUGCUCCCUUCGACUGUGUCAAACCCACUAUUUCCGGCUCCGCUUACGCCGCUGCCACCGCCGGCGUACCUGCUCGGGUCUCCGCCCCCCAACGCCUCGGCGCCCCCGUUGUCGCCACGGCCUCAGACAGAGCCACCGGAACUGCCACCGUCAGAUUAUCUGGACCACCAAACAGUCUUGUCACAUCUUAUGUCCGUUUCGCGCUUCUCCACAAGAGGGUUCCUCUUAGAUUCGUUCCCUCAGAAGAUCAGAAGCCGACGAUCCAAUUAGGAUCGGACACGGUGUCGGGAUCCAAGGAGAUCCUGGUUGGUUUCAUCGAGAAGAAGUUCCCGGAGCCGAGAUUAAUGAUGGGGAAGUUCAAUUUGGAGGGAUUCGACGAUUCGACGCCAUUGAUAGCGAGGGUUACUUGGUUGCAGCACAAGAGCAUGGUGUGGCACGUGGAGAGGAUGGCGAGGUGGGCGGAGGAUCUGGCGGCGCGUGGAGGGAGAAAGGCGGCGGAUCCGUCGGCGGGGACGCCGAGGAUGGAGAUGAGGAAGUUCGGAAAAAACUAUUCUCAACUUCAGGAGCUGAUGCUUGAGCAUGCUCAAAUGGAGGAGAGAAUCAUCUUCCCUGUUCUUGAAGCGGUCGAUCGAGGGGUAUGCAAAUCUGCGAACGAGGAACAUGGGAGAGAACUGCCGAUCAUGAAUGGCAUCAAAGAAGACAUCAAAUCCAUCGGAGUCUUGGACUCCGGAACCUCUGUCUGUUCAGAGGCUCUCUUCAGUCUCGUCUCCCGUCUCAAUGCGUUACAGGAGAGAUGUAAAGGGCAUUUUGUGGAGGAAGAGAAGGAUCUGUUGCCGUUGGUGGAGGCGGCGGAGCUAAGCAAAGAACAGCAGAAGAAAUUACUGAACGAAAGUUUCGAAGUGAUGAGAGGGACUCAUUCCCAUUUGCUCGACUUCUUGCUCGAGGGCAUGCUUCCCAUUGAGGCAAUGCAAUAUCUCGACUUGAUCAUGAAGUUCGGUGAUGCAAAUCUGAUAUCAUCCAUGCUUUCCCGGAACAUCGGGUAAGAGACCGUUGUGAAUUUUAUUUUUCAUGUAAAUAUCAGUGAGAUCGUUUUAGCAAAUCCUUCUAGCUGAAGAAAAGUUCGAAGAAAAAGAAAGAGAAUAAUGUCUCUAGGUUGGCUACUACUACGUGCGGCACAAAUUACGGCAUUUGUUGUGUAAAGUUUUCACAGGCUUUUUUGGUU